GCUCCCUUCCCCACAGCCAUAGAGCAGGAAGCGGACGAGGGUUUCCAUUGCGAGGGCGCUUGUCUUGGCGAGCUCCCCUUUGCUCCGGGGGGGCCCAGGACCGGAGCGCCGCAGCCCCCCGCGGUGCCGCCCGUACCCCGGCCGCAGGACCGUGAAGUUGGAUGGGAAGAUGUUGGUUUCCUCACGCUCCCGCCUCCCUCGCGUCACCUCUGUCCCGGCUUGCGUCGUGAUUUUCUUCUUUGGCUUUCACGUCCGUCAGCUGGGCUGCACCCGGUUCAGAGUCCUGGGACCCGACCACCCCAUCGUGGCCGUCAUGGGAGAAGACGUCGUGCUGCCCUGCCACCUCUCCCCCAGGCUGAACGCCGAGAACAUGGAGGUGAGGUGGUUUCGGACCCAGUUCUCCGUCUACGUCCACCUCUACCACAGCGGGCAGGACCACUACUCCUCCCAGAUGCCCGAAUACCAGGAGAGGACAGAGUUUUUAAAAGAGGGCAUCUCUGCUGGGAACGCUUCCUUGAGGAUCCUCAGGACCAGGCUGAGCGAUGAGGGACAGUACCAGUGUCUCAUCAAAGAUGGGGAUUUUUACGAAGAAGCCACGCUGGAGCUGAACGUAGCGGUUUCGGGUUCCAGCCCCGUCCUCUCCGUGGAGGAUUACCAAGACGGGGGAAUCCGAGUGGGAUGUCGAGCAUCCGGCUGGUACCCGAAGCCUGAGAUGCUGUGGAGAGAUUUCCAGGGCCGGCAGCUCCCAUCCUUCACUGAAUCCAGCUCCCAGGACCAGAACAGCUUCUUUGAAGUGGAGAAGUCCAUCGUCAUCCAAAGAAACGCAAAACAAAACGUGUCCUGUUCCGUCAGGAACACGCGGCUUCCCCAGGAGAAGGACUUGACCGUUUCUAUAUCAGACCCCAUUUUCCCAAAGGACUCUCCCUGGAUGGCAGCUUUGUUCGUGACCCUGGCUGCCUGCUUACCUUCGCUGGUCGUCGUCUUUCUUUUUGUCUUACGGCUACGAGCCCAACACGCCGUAGAACUUGAGAAACGCAAUGCCGAAAUCCGGGAUCGUGACAUGGAAAUACAGAAACACGCUGCAGAACUGCGGUGGAGAAACGCCGUCGUCCCGGUGGAAGAAGCGUACAUCACGCUGGACGAGGACACGGCGCACCCCCAGCUCAUCCUCUCGGCGGGCGGGAAGAGCGUACGGCGUGGACACACGUGGCAAGCCGUGCCGGAUAACCCCGAGAGAUACGACACCUUCUCCUGCGUCCUGGGCCGGGAGACAUUUGUCUCGGGGAGACACUUCUGGGAGGUGGACGUGGCGACGGAGGAAGGAGGGAUCUGGGCGAUGGGGGUGGCCAAAGAGUCCACGAAGAGGAAGGGGUGGAUCAACCCAGGUCCUCGAGUUGGGAUCUUGGCUCUUUACCACUGGGGGGGCAAGUACUGGGCUGUGACCUCCCCAGACCACACAGCUCUCGCCCUCACCCAGACGCCUCGGAGGAUCAGGGUUUACCUGGACUUCCAGGGACAGGAGGUAGCCUUCUUCAACGCUGACAACCAAGACUUGCUCUUCACCUUCCCGCUGGCCCCGUUGAGCGGGGAGAGGAUCCGUCCCUGGUUCCGCGUGCAGCAGAUGGCCCAACUCCACCUGAAGGCACCUCCUUCGCCUCCGCGCGUCCCCAGCGCAGAGGAGCCUCUUCUCCCUUCGUCCUCCCCCCUGCAGACCCUCCCGGACAGCGCCUGACCGACGGACGUGACCAAGACGGGCAAAAUCCACGCUGCUGUCCACAAGCAACCGCCGUCGAUGCCCAAGACUCUUGGGGUCGCAUCGUGCCACCGCGGCGUCCCAAGACUCUUCCAGCAAAGCCACGACGGCAUCUCGACCCAAGAGGAGCCAUCCUGCUGCGGUCGGCAGCAGGACGGAGCGGCGGCCAAGACACGUUUGUCUUCUCCUAAGGUGACGUCUCCUUGUCUCCGCGACCUUCACAACGGGCAGAGCCGGAACCAAGAAGGGUGUCAGAACCCACCUGAGAUACAUGAAGGAAAACCCCACGGUGCCAACCGCCGAGACCAGAGUCCGGGAAGAAGGAGCCGCGUGUCUCCACCUUCUUCUUUCCCACUUUCUCUCCAGUCCCUGAAGGCCCAUCCAACACGGCCGGUUUAAUGGGUGGUGGUCUCCGCGGUGCCGUUCCCGUAGCGGGGGAUUCGUGGUGCUCGGUUCCUGAUGGCCACCUCCCCCCGGGUGUCGCAACACAGUCACCUGUGUUUACAAAAAGAUGUUCUUUCAAUAAAAAUUCUCUCCUCGA